AUGCGCUAUUUCGAACAGCGCGUCCCCUGCCAAACCCUGCUGGGUGGCGUUGCGGGCAAGGGACGCGGCGCGGACCAUGGCCCAGGGUACCCCGAGGGGCUCAGACGGAGGCCGCGCAAGGCUGGGUCGCGGGGCAGAGAUCGGUGCAAGGGGCUCGGAGCUAGCCUCGUGCCCCAGCCAGGCAGCCUCAGUGCCUCCACCAGACCUCGGAGCAGCGCUCGGGAACCCUCUUCUCCCGGGAAACACGUGCCCACGCUGUUACCUAGUAACGACGCCCCCGGUUGCAUGGCAACGAGAAUGCGGGUGGGUCCCCAGUUUGUUUCCCCCGCCGCGCGACUUUGGACCCCUCCCCACUCGGGAUCACCAGGCCUCAUAACUCCGCCCUGGUCCCGCCCGCAGCAGCUGCUGCCUCCCCGUCGCAAGUACUGUCACCCCAGCCCCGGUCUCGGCUUGCACUCACCGGGCUCAGAUCACCGCUACCCUUCACUAGUGGGUGAGGGGUUUCUUUGGUCCAGGGUUCACUUUGACCCCACAUUCACUGCCUGCCUUUUCUGUGCAGUCUCCAAUGAAGUGCCAGAGCACCCGUGUGUGUCCCCUGUCUCUAAUCAUGUCUACGAGCGGCGGCUCAUUGAGAAGUACAUCGCAGAGAAUGGCACAGACCCCAUCAACAACCAGCCUCUGUCUGAGGAGCAGCUGAUUGACAUCAAAGUCGCUCACCCAAUCCGGCCCAAGCCUCCCUCAGCCACCAGCAUCCCGGCCAUUCUGAAAGCCCUGCAGGAUGAGUGGGAUGCGGUCAUGCUGCACAGCUUCACUCUGCGCCAGCAGCUGCAGACAACCCGCCAAGAGCUGUCCCACGCUCUAUACCAGCACGAUGCCGCCUGCCGUGUCAUUGCUCGACUCACCAAGGAAGUCACUGCUGCCCGAGAAGCUCUGGCCACCCUGAAACCACAGGCGGGUCUCAUCGUGCCCCAGGCUGUGCCAAGCUCACAGCCAAGUGUUGUGGGUGCAGGCGAGCCAAUGGAUUUGGGCGAGCUGGUAGGAAUGAGCCCUGAAAUUAUCCAGAAGCUUCAAGACAAGGCCACCGUGCUUACCACGGAGCGUAAGAAGAGAGGGAAGACUGUGCCUGAGGAACUGGUGAAGCCGGAAGAGCUCAGCAAAUACCGGCAGGUGGCGUCCCAUGUGGGCUUGCACAGUGCCAGCAUUCCAGGGAUCCUUGCCCUGGACCUCUGCCCUUCUGACACCAACAAAAUCCUCACUGGUGGGGCAGAUAAAAAUGUUGUUGUCUUCGACAAGAGUUCUGAGCAAAUCCUGGCCACCCUCAAAGGCCAUACCAAGAAAGUCACCAGUGUGGUGUUCCACCCUUCCCAGGACCUGGUGUUUUCAGCUUCCCCAGAUGCCACUAUCAGGAUUUGGUCCGUCCCGAACGCCUCUUGUGUCCAGGUUGUUCGGGCCCAUGAGAGUGCUGUGACAGGCCUCAGCCUCCAUGCCACCGGUGACUAUCUCCUGAGCUCCUCUGAUGACCAGUAUUGGGCCUUCUCUGACAUCCAGACAGGGCGUGUGCUCACCAAGGUGACAGAUGAGACCUCUGGCUGCUCUCUUACCUGUGCACAGUUCCACCCCGAUGGACUCAUUUUUGGAACAGGAACCAUGGAUUCUCAGAUCAAGAUUUGGGACUUGAAGGAGCGCACCAAUGUGGCCAACUUCCCUGGCCACUCAGGCCCCAUCACUAGCAUUGCCUUCUCCGAGAACGGCUACUACCUGGCAACAGCGGCCGACGACUCCUCUGUCAAGCUCUGGGAUCUGCGCAAGCUUAAGAACUUUAAGACGUUGCAGCUGGAUAAUAACUUUGAGGUGAAGUCACUGAUCUUUGACCAGAGCGGCACCUACCUGGCCCUUGGGGGCACAGAUGUCCAGAUCUACAUCUGUAAACAGUGGACCGAGAUUCUUCACUUUACAGAACAUAGCGGCCUGACCACAGGGGUGGCCUUUGGCCACCAUGCCAAGUUCAUCGCUUCAACAGGCAUGGACAGGAGCCUCAAAUUCUACAGCCUCUAGGCCCAGUUCCUUUUGAUGCAGGCUGGGCCACAUCUCAGUAGUGGGGUAGACUUAGGGCUGGGGUGGUGGGUGGGAGGAAGGGGAGAGAGACUACUAGGGGGAGGGGGGUCUGUAGGGUGGGACAUUCACAUCAUUUCACUCUGGUCUGAGUGGUGGCCUGAGCCAUGUUGGCACGGACCACCCUAUCCCAUGCAGCCUCCAGGCCCCACAGGAGCAGACGUGGACGGAACUGUCACCCUCUGUAGGGUCAGGGUUAGAGCCCAAGGCCUCUCCCCGAUGGCAUUCCUUGGGUUGGCGAUGUUGGCUGUUCCACACCCACUCUGCUUCAGUUCCUGUGAGGCAGGGAGAGGGCGAGCCGAGGGCACUGUGAAGGGGAUGGGGAGGAGGGUGUGUGCAGGUUUUUAUAAGCAGUGAUCUAGUUUCAUUAAAAAAAGAACACAAUAAACACAGCCACCUCCCCAUGUCUGUCUUUAGCAGGAGCGCCCUGAGCUGGGAGGGUCAAGGGGGAAGAACAGAGGGGCCU